AGGAAAAAAUGCUAAAUUUUUUGAUAGGUUAAGCAAAAUUCUUUGAGGAACAAAUCUAUAUUAUUAUAUUCUGUCCUUGAUGAAAGUAGACUCAUCUCUACCACGUUAGAAAGCUAUAAAUACAGGAAUAUUUUUUAUCUUUAAAGUAUUCAACAGUGAAAGAAGAAAGAUGUCUGUCGACACCAAAAACACGAAUGUUUGGGAUAAGAUUUUCUCGUUUGUUUCAAAGAAGAUGGAUGAACCUGAAAACGAAUUGAAAUUGUAUAAAGAGUUGCCAUCAAUCUCAACUUUGUCACUUCUUUGGAAUUUUCUCUUCUGCCCUAAUAAAGCGCAAAAUUAUGAAAUACUCUGUGGCUCUUUUAUGCUUCAGUACGGAAUGGGAAUUUGUAUGAUGCACAUAGAGGAAAAAUUAGCAAGAUUUACCUGGGGUGGACAUAAUUACUUUAUAUUUUAUCAUCCAGAAUCGGCUCAGGAAGUUCUAAAGAGUACUACAAUCAUCAAUAAAGACUGGGUUUAUAAUAUCCUUCAUCCUUGGCUAGGACAGGCUCUUCUUACAAGCACCAACAAUAAAUGGAGAAACAGAAGAAAAUUGAUAACUCCUAGUUUCCAUUUUCGAAUUCUCGAAGAUUUUCAAGAUAUAUUUAAUGAACAAUCGAAUAUUUUAGUAAAAAAAUUAAAGAAACAAGCAAAAAAUGGCGAAUUUGAUAUCGUAGAUGUGGUUAAUCUUUGCGCUCUCGACAUAAUCGGAGAAACGGCUAUGGGAGCACAUGUCGAUUCUCAAACCCAUAAGGAUAAUGCCUACGCUCAUGCAAUUCAAGAUAUUUCCUCAUGUGUUCUUCAAUGGUUCACAAAACCAUGGUAUUGGUUUUCUCCUAUCUUUAAUCUAAGUCCGUUAGGAAGGAAAUUCAAUAAAGGCAUCGAAGUUGUUCAUCAGUUCGAUAGAAAAGUGAUUCGAGAAAAGAAAGAAAUGUUCUUAGAACAGAUGAAAGAUAACAUGGUCAUCGAUAAUUUUGAAGAAAAUAAAGAAGGUUUUGGAAUUAAAAAGAGAAGAGCAUUGUUAGAUAUGUUACUCUAUCAUCACAUGAAAAAUGGUACUUUGAGUGAAGAAGAUAUCAGAGAGGAAGUGGAUGGCAUCAUGCUAGCUGGUCAAGAUACUUCUACUAUGGGCGUUAGUUGGACGCUGUACUUUUUGGGCCUUUACGAUGAUUUCCAACAGAAAGUGUAUGAAGAAUUGUACCAUAUUUUCGGCGAUGACGUUGACAGAAAGAUUACAACAGAUGAUUUAAAGAAAAUGAAAUAUUUGGAAUGUGUUAUUAAGGAAGCAUUAAGAAUAUAUCCUCCUGUUCCUUUUAUAUUUAGAAGAAAUCCAUCAUCUCUGAUAGUUGACGGAUAUAAUUUGCCACCGAAUUCAUCUUACAUUAUCGGCAUUCAUGCCAUUCAUCACAAUCCUACUGUUUUCGAAAAUCCCGAAGUGUUUGAUCCCGACAGAUUUCUACCAGAAAACUGUGAGAAGCGUAAUCCGUUUGCCUUCUUGCCUUUCUCUGCAGGACCACGAAAUUGUAUCGGACAAAAAUAUGCAAUGGUCGAGAUGAAGACAAUCUUAGCAAACAUACUUCGUCAGUUCAAAGUUCACUCUUUGGAUCCUCGAGAUAAAAUUUUCGUGUCCGCAGACGUUGUGCUUCGCCCAAUAUUUGGAAUAAGAAUGACCAUGGAGGAAAGGAAUAAAAAUUAAGCUGUCACAACAACACAUUUUAUAAACUUUUUUCAGCUUACAUUUAUUAAAUCAAAGUUGAAAAAUCGAAAUUAUAUUAGUAUUCUAUGAAGUAACAAGAGUGUGCUUCAUUAUAUUUUUGAAGGGUACUUCUUGCACACUGGAUUACUCCGAAUACUGUAUUUCCAUAAAGGAAUUGGCUUCAUAUAAUUUGCUUUAUAAACAAUUAUGUAUACAGCUGCAUGAAUUAUUUUUAUUUUUUUAAACUCAUUUAUUUUUAAAAUAAGUCCAUCUAAUUGCUUUUGAAAUUUAUAUUGCUAAUUAUAUUUAUUGGGUUUUUGGGUUUUGGACAUGUGUAUUUUGGGUUUAUAUGUAUCUUAUUUUUGUCUAGUUAAAGUGUUAUACUGCAUUCUCACACAAUCCACGUCUUAAUUUGAUCUCAAUUUACCCACAAUCUGGAUUGUAACUGUCGCUAGUCGAACGUUGAGUUGUUCGCACAGGCAGUCCGCUUGAAAAGAACCCAGUUAUUGCACGGGAUGAAAAAACUGAUAUAACUAAGCGGUGAGUCAUGAACACCAACAAACAAAUAGAAGUUUUCGUUAGAAAUAAAUACCUUUUCUCCAUAUAACUAAGAAUAGCCAGAUCUCAUCGUCUCUCCGAAUAUCUUUUUUAUUUCUUCCUGGAUAGCCCCACACUUCUUCUGCAGCCAUUUUGUGGAAACUCUCUUAUGAGUAGAUCUAUUUUCAAAACGUCUCUUGAGCUGAUUGCAAUUAAACCUUGUUUCAUUCGAGAUUUAAACGGUCGAGAGAGAGAUGGCAGCACGACACAGUCGCCGAUCUUAUCACAAUCUAGAUUGAAAUGUUUAGUGCGAACGGGGUAUUAUCGUGUCUUAAAUUUUAAAUAGUACUCCUAAUAUAUUUUCAGACAAUAACGUUAAUAUAUAUCAGAAUAAUAAUCAAAUAAACUGGACCAUAGAAAAUGAUAAUAAUACAUUACAAAAAUACAGAUGAACUUAAUAUUUUAAUCAAACGGAUAAAAUUUAUGCAUAAUCAUCGGAAACAGGAAUAAAUCGGUUUUUCGAAUAAAUACUAUCAUAAAAGCGUCUCUGGCGGCAAACACGCGAAACUUACAUGGUUUACUAGGAAA